UGCGUAAAUUCGUUGUCAAGCGAGUGCUGUCAUUCCCAUUGAUAAAAAAUAAUACUACGAAAUAGUUGUGAUAGCAAAAUAAAUAACUAGAAAAAUUUAAAGUUUCCCCUAGUAUUGCCAAGUGCUGGUGCAGUUUGGUAGCAAAUAAACGCAUUUAAGCGCGGCCGCGAUUGCAAUUCGCGGGAAUCCGGCAGGGAAUUGCAGUAGAAGUUUUGUGCGAUAGAGUGAAGGUCGUGCCUGGAACGAGCUUCGGUUAGAUCAUUCGUUCGAUAGUGACGACAGCGACGACGACGUAGUAGACUGUGCUGAUUGUUGAUUGGUUCAUUCACGAGGUUAAACUUUGCGAUACGACGAUACCCGCAAAAAGAGAUUCUUCUUGGCCACGAUCAGAGACCGGAGGAGAGAGGCGUCCAGUACCAUUCAACCUGUCAUACGUACAUGACUACACGAGCAACUACAUAGUUCGCGCCGUAUUGACCAGUGUUGGAACGAUUUUCGUGAUUCGCGUUCAUCGGUGAUUUAGUCGUGAUUGAGCGAUAACCGCGUGAGGAAAACCCGAAUAGACCUUUUCCGUUAUUAUACACGUGUUUUCGGACUCGGCAACAUCAUCAGAUAAACAAUUUAUUAUUCGAAGUGGAAAGAGUAAACGCAAACAAGAGGGCAAGAGCAGUAAAUUAGAGCUGAUAUGGAAUGAAAUUAUUCUAUACCCCAGUGAGCAUUGUAUAUGAAGCCAAGUGUCCACAUCCAGACAACAAGCCGCGUUAUGUACAGUCGCUGCUCUAUUGGGCUCAAUAAAUCUUAAUUUAAAGUGAAAUAAGUUGAUUGCUGUGUCACACUGCUCUGAGCCUUCACUCGUAAGAUUUCCGUAAAGUGGAACCACCAACCGACAACAAACGGGAGCAGCGUUAUUUGUUGAGCCAAGUGCCUAUGAUCGUUUGAGUGAGCGCCACAUUUCGUGCUGUGUUCUGGACGAGAUAACAUACCAAAAAUGCUGAUUGCGUUAGCGUACUGCGCGAAGCUAUGCUUCAGUAUUUAGUAGUGUACAAGUAAAGUCAGCAAUCAUAUGCUGCUAUGGAUUGUGUGAAGCUGAUUGAGUAUUUUUCUAACGAUCGGUGGGACUGCAAAUAUACGAAGAAAAUCUAAACAUCUGUGCAAGGAGUGCCCCGUUGUGCGUUUUUUUACGUGAGCCUACUCCGAAGUUCAAACCACUCAACACAUCAAAGUCGCAUUUAUGCUACAGCCAAAUAGAAAAACCAAAAUGGUGGAAGAAAUCAGUAUGUAUUGAUUACUGAAACUUGAUAAAUCGAAUUCAAGACGAGUGUUAAUUAGCAGUGCAAAUUAUCAGCGAGCCGAAGCGGAAAAACGAGUUUCGCCAAAGAGAACCGUAAGGUGUCACUUAAGAAGAAAAUUCAACCAGAAAACCUUCCUGCGAAACAAUAUUCAUUCAUUAUAAAAGUGGAGCUGCUACUGAAUAAAGUGCUUGAACAGUUGUCUCUAAAGUUCUGCGCCAUAAGUCUGUCAUAUGGAGACGAAAAAUAAGUGCCCGGAGUUCGUCGUCUUUAUGGUUAACAAAAUGCUGAUUGAUAUUGAAAACACUUUACUGCAAAGCCAUCGACAACGUGAAACUACUGGUAUCAAGAAAUUAUAUAACUCAUUUUUUGUACUAUUUUAACUGACUCGUUACAAAAACAAGUACCAAAGUAUCGGUGCAUAUCAAGUUUUAUGCUUGUACUUAUCAUCAGUUUUAUGUGAAAAAGUCCCAAAAAGGUAAAUUACAAAGUGCAAAUUUUUUAUAACUUAGAGUCUAAGUGUAAUCUAAGUAUAUUAUCUAUUUAAGUAGAUUGAUACAUGUGAGCUACACAAUCCUGAAAUAAGUUCCCACCGAUAGAAGAUGUAAAUUAGUAAACUAUCAAUCGUGAAGAAAACUGUGAAGAUAUUAUCAGAAUCAUAUCAGUUGCACCUGAAACAAUUGAACAAAUAUCGGAGACAUCAUACGGAAGAGAUAAAAAUUUGUGCCUGUUAUCGUUCACCGAGAAAAAAAACUGCGUGGUGUAAUUGGAUUUUGGCUUGUGACAGCCUGUGAGAUAUCAAUAUUCCAUUGUUGAGUGUAAAUUAAAAUUCAUUCCAAAACUUGCCGAGAAGAAUAUAACCGAAAAAUAGUCGAAAUCGUCGUGUGUUGUGUCGUCAAGGUUGCUCAUCAUCUCCGAGACUACGAAGGCUACCUAAUACUGUGAAGGAGCAAUUCUAACUUCUUCGUUUGAAUCGGCCGGGUGAUAUUUGGUGAGAUAGAACCACGAAUGGCGAUAUCGCUGUUGGGUAAUUUAUGCAAUAGUGGACUAGAACAGCUCUGCCAAACACCGGAGCCCUUGAAGUUUUACUACCACACUAACGGCCAUUACAAUCAACACCACCUGAAUCAACAGCAACAGCAGCAGCAGCAACAGCAGCAACACCAGCAACAGCAGCAGCAUAAUCAGGGAGGACGCGAUCAGUGUGCAAAAGAAGAACAAAUGGAAUUUUCGACCACGUUCUAUCAGCAGCAGCAGCACCAACAGCAGCCACACCAACAACAGCAGGAACAACAAGCGCAAGUUUCGGCACAGCCAAAUCAGCAAAACCAGCAGGAUUUUGAAGAGACGUUCCUUACUUGUUUUUUACAGAUCUCUCAAAAUUACAACCUCGACAACGACGACAACUACAGCGGUUCACCGAACAACUUUCAGGACUAUCGGAACAAUUUCGUAGACUCUCCUCCAGACUCUAAGGAAUCCUGGCCAGUCGAAUACAACAAAAUGCAAUCUGGACUGCCUUCAAACACUGGCACCAACACGAGUUCGACGACCAGCGUCGUAGCAGUAGCAGCGGCCGCGGCUGCCGCUGCGGCAGCUGCUGCUGUCGCUCAGCAGGAGAACACAUACUCCGUCGUCAUGCCAAAUCGUAAGCGCCGUCUCGAAUGGAUGUCUACUCAUCAAGAUGGGGAGAAUAGCGGAUCCGAGACGAAAAUCGCAAACACAGAGAAGGAUCAAGAUGCCAGACGCAAAGGUUCAAUGCGUUGGCCAGAAGAAUUAGAUCUGGAUUUGAGUAAUGAGCUUUCAAACAAUGGAUAUAUUAGUGACUCAUUGCUGAAUUUCCCAGUCUUCAAACAAGAAUUACCUUCCCCUCCCCAAAAAAUCGGUCAUGAAGUGAUCAAAAGCACCAAAAGCAUUCAAGCUCCAAGCUCGCAGCAACAGCAGCAGCAGCAGCAACAACAACAACAAUCCCUGCCACAGCAACAACAACAGCAUUCACAACAUCCCCCUCAUCAGCAGAAUCAUCAUCAACACCCUCUACAAGCCCCCGAACAGUUACAAUCACAACAAUUACAACAGCAGCAGCAGCAACAGCAGCAACAACAACAACAACAGCAGCAGCAGCAUCAUAAUCAAGGUGGUGAUCCACAGCAAACCUUGAGCAAUAAUAACAACAACAAUAACAAUGGUGGACAAUCAACAACGGUUGGUAACGAACAGGCACUCGUGUCGGGGAUGACCGGUAAUGGGUCGGGGAAUAUAGGAAAUAUGAGUGGCUUGCAGAACUUCAUGCAUAGUAGCCGUUAUGAUAGUACAGGAAAUCUCGCUCCACAAAACGAAAAUAUACAAAGAUCAGAGCCGUUCCAAGACGAUAAUAGAUUCCAGUACGUACUGGCAGCUGCCACCUCGAUUGCCACCAAGAACAAUGAAGAAUCUCUCACCUAUCUUAACCAGGGGCAAAGCUAUGAAAUAAAGUUGAAAAAGCUAGGUGAUUUGUCACCCUUCCGGGGGAAGAUAUUGAAAAGUGUCGUCAAGAUAUGCUUCCACGAGCGUCGCCUGCAGUACAUGGAGCGUGAGCAAAUGCAACUGUGGCAGGCAUCGCGUCCCGGGGAAAGAAUUUUGGAUGUUGAUAUUCCUCUUUCGUAUGGAUUGAUUCAGGUGCAACCGAAUACGAGCAGUCUUCUAAAUACGAUUGAAAUUUACUGGGAUGCAAUGAAGGAAGUCGGUGUGUACGUGAAGGUGAACUGUAUUUCGACCGAGUUCACACCAAAAAAGCAUGGCGGUGAAAAAGGAGUUCCAUUUCGCAUACAGGUGGAAACCUUUGUGGAUAAUUCGCUGAAUGACGGAGGAAACUGCUCGAAUGGGCUGGAUAGCACCAUAAGACCACUGCACGCGGCUGCAUGUCAAAUCAAGGUUUUCAAACUGAAAGGAGCUGAUCGAAAGCACAAGCAGGAUCGGGAAAAGAUCCUGAAACGACCAGUCGCUGAGCAGGAUAAAUACCAGCGAAGUUGUGAAUGUACGAUUUUGAACGAUAUUACAACGGAAUCGAUGAUAACUCCGCUAGUUGGAGGAUUCAGUCCGGAACACAUCAAACGCAACAUAUCACCACUCCUGGGAGCGCCAAGUUCGCCUGUUCAUAUUAACAAGUUUGAAAACAUCAUGUCCUCGUUGUGCAAUGGCCCAGUGAAUACGGCAAGCAAGCAAGCGGUCAUGGCCGCCGCAGUAGCAGCCGCCGUUAGCAGCAACCCGAUUGCAAUCGGCAACGUAUCCUCCACCAACGGACUGUGCAAGCUGAUGGAUCAAAACGUGCUUUCACCGCCACAGGCCAGUAACGAUUUGGAUGAUUAUGUGCCAAAUAUAUCAAAGGAUUCAAAUCCGGCAGCGUUAGCUCAAUGGUUGAGCUAUCAUCGGUUAGGCGCAUAUGCGAAAACCUUUUCGCAGUUCUCGGGAUCAGAUUUAUUGAGAAUGUCAAAGGACGAUUUGUGUAAAAUUUGUGGUUUGGCCGAUGGGAUUCGUAUGUUCAACAUACUUCAUUUAAAGGCUAUCACACCUCGUUUAACACUCUAUAUGUGUUUCGAGGGAAGCACAUACCAUGCCAUCUAUCUACACACUAAUACAACAUCGGAGUUAUUGCACAACUUGCAGAAGAUACCCGGAUUCCAGGAUGCCCUACAAUGCUCUCAACCAGCAGACAGCAGCAAUCCGUGGGCCUCCAACUACCAACGUGCCUUGAAAAAUGCGGUCCAUGGAGUGACCGGCGGAAACAAAUAUUCUAGCGUCACCACCAGUGAUGUCCACACGUCCGUUCCGUCGCCCUCCUCUCCGAUUUCCUCGUCGUCCGUUCCUACGAGGCCGAACUUGAUGAUCGUCGGGCCAAGUGGGGUUAACGUACUGUUGUCCGAAGACGUACUAAAUAAUAUCAAAGAUGAAAGUUUGUUCCAACUCGACGUGAAACCAAACGGGAAUGUGCUUAUGAAGGCGAUUCCAGCUGCAGGCAGCACCACUCCUGGCAGCUCGGGGGAGAAUGAAAUGAACUAAAGAAUUUCUAUUACUUCCGUUUGAACCGGAAGUGCUCAACCGUUCUCUCUUGCAGAUGGCGUUUUUUGAUUUAUACUCUGUUUAAUGACGUAACUCCGUUACCUUGUGUUGUUUGACGUUCGGUGUUGGAUGUACUUUUAUCUGAACAUAUUUCACGACAAUCCAUUUAAUGGAUACAUUUAGAUAAUUUCUUGUUAUACCCAUUUUAAAAGUGUUGCAUGCAUGAGCAAAUAUAUAUUUUUUAUUGUUAAUAUCUUCAGUAUCUUUUAGAAACUGAGUGACAGAAAGUCUAUUGAUUAGAAUUAAGUACGCAUUGUAAAGCAUUGAAAAAAAAUCUGCUAAAUAAAAUUAAGAAAAAAUACAAAAAAAAUCCACAUUACAAAGUUUUUUUUUCAAUGAAACGAUAUUUGCAUUUUCCAGGGUAAUCAGUUCAAUCAGACUGUUUUGCGCUCAGUUUUGCUAAAGAAAAAAAAAUGAAAUUGAUAUUUUUUUUAUCAAACCCUAGAAAUAUUGUCAGAAUACUUUCUAUAUCGGCAGCAAUUUUUAUAUUUAUUAUUUUUACACAUUUAACCAGUUACAAACAUUUUGCACAAGUAUAAUAAAAAGCGUAUAUUAAAUCAAAUCACUAUUAUCUUGUUAAAGUUUCAAGGUUCAAAUCUCCAAAAAACAAUACACAUCAAUCUAGCUGAUAAUGUCACCAUGUAUCAUGUCAGUAAGCGAUAUAAGUAUGCAAAUUCGUCGAAUAAAAUUUAAGCACAUUUUUUGAUCUCACUGAAGAAAAGAAGAAAAUAUACAGAAAGUGUCGUAGAGAGCUUCCAAAUGUGUUAUUAGUCAAGCAAAAAUUAAUGCUUCAUGCCUCAAGCAUACAAACCAAAUAUAACGAGAAAUGACAGCGUACUAAGAACGCGCUAACGCGCCGUACUAACGUAAUCUGCUACUAACUACAACCGAAAGAACGGUCAAAUUACAGAAAAAUCGAGUUAUAGUGUUGUACAGUAAAAAAAACUUGAACAAUCAGUAUCACAGUGCCAUGAACUAUUAUUCAAUGGCUCUGUAAUUCUAGACCGAACAGAACAGUUGUGGAGAGUCUAUCGUGUUUUGUCAUUGGGCUUCCGAUUUGACCCGAAUGAAUAAGUAAAUGUUGUGAAAUAACCUGAAAAUAAAUUAUUGCUUAGGUAUUUGUUUCCUUGUCUUGACAAAAAGUGUCAAACCACAGGCUAACGUUCUACCAAAUCAAUUCAAAUACAAAUAUGCUUUUAUAACUGCUUGUUAAUUGUUUUUUUGUGCCUCGCCUGUUACAUCUACCACCGAUCAACCCAAGUUUGAUAAACAUAAGCAACACCUUUCUACGAAAACUCCGUCAACUCAGUCGUUGCAGUUGUUGAUCUAAAGGCAGCUUGGGUUUGCUUCCGAGGAAACUUACCUCAGAAAAGUUAUUAUAGGUGAUAGUUUUAACGUCUUAGGUCUUUUGUUUUUUCACAUAAAGUACUUACAGGCGUAAUUAAAGUUCAUCUGAUGAAUGCAGUAAACACUUCAAAGUUAUAACUUUAGACAGUAAUUGAGUAAUUAUUAUUGAUGUUCCAAUAGCUUAGUGCUGUAUGGCCCCAUAGAUGAGUAUUACUAGGCACAGUGAUGUAAAUCGGGACAUACAGUUCCAUCACUUCAUGAAUACUACAUUUUAAACUCCAGUAAUUCUGCUCGAAAAUAUUGAUUAGGGCUUGGUGUGUUUUGUAAACAGGUGAAACAUUGCAUGUUCCUUCUUCCACGUUCAAAUUAUUAAUAUUUAUGCCUGACGCAGAACAAGUGAAGCUUAACUUUUUUAUGUGAAUGAUGUGUUUUGUUUUUUGUUUGGAAUAAAUAACUCCUACUGUUAUGCUGCGAAUAAAUUCUUCAAUGCAAAGCUAUCCUUUCUUUUUUCAACAAUUAAGAUUAUCGUAGCCAUAGAACAGGUUGCAUUUUGAGAUGCAAGUAGAGAGCGUGUUCUGUCGAUUAGGUAAAUCGUAAGAGAUUUUUUCAUAAGUACAAAUAAGAACCGGAUCCCUUCAUAAUAAAUAAUGCGCACCCCCUACGAAAGGAAUCACGUGGAACAUAACUUUUACUCCGUAACAGCAGUUAUUUUAAUGUGCCUUACCGAUAUAGCCGCGACUAUUGAGAAACAGAUCCAUCACAUUUAAGAGAAACAUCUUUCAAACAACGAUAAUAUGAUAUUGACACACAAAACAUUAGCAGAAUGAAACCGUUUUUAUCGAGAAAACUCAUACCGGUACUAUGCAGACAUUGCAUGUGAUUAAACAUUUUAAAAUUCGUGUGGCACACACAUCGCUACCGUAGUUGGAUCAAUUUUGAUACUACGGAUUCUGUUAUUCUUUUAUCUACAAACAAUCAACACCACGUGUUUUCUAAAUAUAUGUUCUUUAGACAAAAUAUAUGUUAUCUCAAAUAAAAUUGUAGUUGUAGUCGUGA